UCGGCCACGACAGUACAUGUACAACCACUGCCGCAGAAAUAAAGAUGCCGGAUCACAUUCGCUCGGACACUGACACUGCCGAAGGACAGGAACAAAAUGUCCUUAUUUCACUGCCUGCAACAAAACCAGAGGUCCCUGAAGAGUGCGGCAAGACAGAAGGAAAUGAGGAAAGGCUGCUAUACCCCAUCAGGUCCGUGCCCGCCAUUCCAACUACAUUGAUUUUUGCACUGCAGCAAAGUGUAAUGUGCAUCACGAGCAGCGUUUCCGUCCCUCUGAUCGUUGUUAAGCUCAUCUGUGCCGAGGACAACCAAGAGGUGCGGACGGAACUGUUCAGCGCAACAAUAUUUGCUUGUGGGGUUGCAACACUGCUACAGUGUAGCGUUGGAGUUAGACUUCCAAUCAUCCAAGGCAGUAGUUUUUCAUUCAUAGCACCGUUAAUAGCCAUGCUUACAAUUGAGGGAACGAAAUUUGACGAUGAAAAUAUCAUAAAAGAUGCCAGCAGUGCGUAUUUCAACAUCACACCUAAUGGCACCGACGCAAUGGACAGGGAGGCCAUUUGGCAGGGAAAGCUUAACGAAGUCCAGGGGAGUCUUAUGGUUGCCUCCCUCGUUCAAGUGAUCUUAGGUGGUACGGGAGCGAUCGGCGUUCUAAUGAACUACAUAGGACCUCUCACUAUUGCGCCUACCGUAGCCAUGAUUGGACUGUCGGUAUUUGAUAUGUGCGCGGAUUAUGGAUCUGUCCACUGGGGGAUAUGGAUACUAUCCCUUGCUGUAGGGUUUAUUUGCGCUGUUUACAUGAGGAAGGUCAAAGUACCGUUUUUAUGGUGGAAUAGAGAAAGUGGCUGCCACAAAACUAGUUGCCAGAUAUUUGUCCUGAUACCGGCUAUAUUUAUGAUAGUGAUUGCCUGGAUAGUGAGUCUCAUUCUGACUUUAACUGGAGCUCUCCCAGACGACCCAGGACACCCCCAAUACAAUGCACGUACGGACGCUUACGUGGGUGGGAUUCACACCGCAAAAUGGUUUUUCGUACCUUAUCCAGGUAAAUAUGGCCUUCCAACCGUCACUGUGGGUGGUGUAAUCGGCAUGAUUGCCGCCACUAUAGCUUCCACCAUAGAGUCUAUUGGGGACUACCACGCAUGCGCCAGUGUAUGUGAGGUGCCAUCCCCGCCCUCUCACGCCGUCAAUAGGGGUAUCCUUAUGGAGGGAAUCGGUAGUAUUAUAGCCGCGAGUGUCGGCAGUUUGAGGGUGUUCCAGACAGCAGGUAUAUUGAUGAUAGUUCUUGGAGUCAUUGGAAAGUUUGGUGCCACUCUGGCGGCCAUUCCCGACCCCAUCCAAGGCGCCAUUAUCACCCUGGGGUUAGCCAUGGUAAUCUCGGUGGGUCUGUCAAACCUGGAGUUCAUCGACAUGAGAUCCUCCCGUAAUAUGGCCAUCCUAGGAACAUCACUGAUGUGUGGCCUUCUGGUACCAUACUGGAUGAAGAAGAAUCCAACAGCGGUCAGAACGGGUACUUAUUGA